AGACCAGCACAGUUGUUGUUCUCAUUCUCAAUUUCUCAUAUAUAAUUCUGCUGAGAAUUGAGAUAGCGGCCGGAUAGCCUUUCCUUUUUUAUACAUGCAAACGAUGCAUGCCGUGGCGAGUAGAUGCUCCAACUGCGGCAGCUACGGCCAUGGCUCGAUAGCCUGCCGCAUCGCCACCGCAGACCACCAGAGAGGGAGUGAAGCCGCCACCAUGCGCUGCGGCCGCGGUGGCGCCGCCGCCGCCGCAGGGCUGAGGCUGUUCGGGGUGCAGCUCCAUGCCGCCUCAACAUGUAGCGGUGGCGCCGCCGCUCCGACGACGCCGACGGCACCGUCGUUGCAGCUGCACAGGAGCUACAGCGUGGACUGCGGCUGCCUGAGCCUGCAGGGCGGCUGGCCUCUGCCUGUCGCGCUGUCGCCGUCGUCCGGCUGCGACGGUUGCUACCUCUCGGACGACGGCGGUCGCGGGUCGGCGGCGUUGCGGGAGCGGGAGAGGAAGAAAGGGGUGCCGUGGAGCGAGGAGGAGCACCGGCUGUUCCUGGUGGGGCUGGAGAAGCUGGGCAGGGGCGAUUGGCGCGGCAUCUCCAGGGGCUUCGUCACCACCAGGACGCCCACGCAGGUGGCCAGCCACGCCCAGAAGUUCUUCCUCCGGCAGAACGGCGCCGGCGCCGGCGCCGGCGCCACGAAGAAGAGCAGCAAGCGCCGCUCCAGCCUCUUCGACAUGGUUCAGGAAUGUGAGAGUGGAAGCAGACACGUCGUGCUCGUCGUCUCCAACACGUCAGGUUGCAAGGCCGCCGGAAGCUCGAACUCUCUGUCUCCCAAGGCAUCAGUUUCAGAGAUGGACGAGGAGCAGCAAGCACAUGGACGGUACCAUUGCUCCCCGCUGAACCUGGAGCUUGGCAUGUCCCUAUCAUCGUCGUCGUCGUCGACGACGCCGUCCAUUGGAACCUAGCUUGUGUGCGUGCCACUUACACUGCCCACCGUCGAUCCACGAAUCGCAAGAUCGAGGAGUGAAAAUGGCAACAAGUGUGCUGAAGCUGAAGCUGAAGCAAAUUCGACAACCGACAUGCAUGAAGAUGCAUGGUUGUAAACGAAACUUGGAUCGAUGUAAUGUAAAUCUUGCCGUGAUUAUCCGGGUACUUACAUACAAGUAUCAAAUUUCCGUUUA